UGCUGGCGCUCACACCUGCGGGGUAGCGCCCGAGUGGAUCCUCCCCCGUGAGCCCGUCCGCUCGCCACAGAGUUCAAAGGACAGCAGCCCUGCCCCUGAAGCUGCAGCCACAGCAAGUGGUCUUUAUCAGCUUGACGUGCUGCAGGGAGCCGCCACUGCAGCCCAGCUCUGCCUGACGACACACUUCUUCUGCUGGAGCUCGCCCCCGGACCACAGCCAGGAUGCCCAAGACGGUCAAUGUUCGCGUCAUCACCAUGGACGCAGAACUGGAGUUCUCCAUCCACCACUCCACCACAGGGAAGCAGCUCUUUGAGCAGGUGGCUCGGACCAUCGGCCUGCGGGAGGUGUGGUACUUCGGUAUGCAGUUUUCUGACAUCAGAGGAAUGGUGUCGUGGCUGAACCCUGAGAAGAAGGUGCUGGUGCAAGAGGUGAAGAAGGAGACCCCCCUUCAGUUCAAGCUCCGGGUCAAGUUCUACCCCGAGGAUGUGGCGGACGAGCUGAUCCAGGACAUCACCAGGAAGCUCUUCUUCCUGCAGGUGAAGGAGGCCAUCCUUUCAGAGGAAAUCUACUGUCCUCCAGAGUCGGCGGUGUUGCUGGCCUCCUACGCUGUCCAGGCAAAGUACGGAGACUACAACAAGGACGUGCACCGCUUGGGUUACCUGGCCAACGACCGCCUGCUGCCCAGAAGAGUCCUGGAACAACACAAGCUGUCCAAGGAGCAGUGGGAGGAGAGGAUUCAGGUCUGGCAUGAGGAGCACAGAUCUAUGCUGAAGGAGGAGGCGAUGAUGGAGUAUCUGAAGAUCGCUCAGGACCUGGAGAUGUACGGCGUUAACUACUUUGAGAUCAAGAACAAGAAGGACACAGACCUGUGGCUGGGGGUGGACUGUAUGGGGAUCCACAUCUACGGAAAGGACGACCGACUCACCCCAAAGAUCGGCUUUCCCUGGAGCGAAAUCCGAAAUAUUUCCUAUAGUGAUAAGAAGUUUGUCAUCAAGCCACUAGAUAAGAAGGCUCCAAACUUCCUAUUUGAUGCUCCACGUCUGCGCAUCAACAAGAGCAUCUUGCAGCUCUGCAUGGGCAACCACGACCUGUACAUCCGCCGCCGCAAGCCAGACAGCAUCGAGGUCCAGCAGAUGAAGGCUCAGGCCAAAGAAGAGAGGCUGCAGAAGAAGCUGGAGAGGGAUCAGCUGGAGAGCGAGAAGAGGAAGAGGGAGGCCAUGGAGCGGGAGAGGCAGCAAAUGGAGCAGGAGAAGCACGAGUUGAUGAUGAGGCUGUCCCAGUUUGAGGAGACCACCAAAAGAGCAGAGAGAGAACUUCAGGAGCAGCUGGAGCGGGCCAUGAGGCUGGAGGAAGAGAGGAGGAGGGUGGAGCAGGAGGCGGCCCGGCUGGAGGCGGAGAGGACGGAGGCCUUAAUUGCCAAGGAGGAACUGGCCAAGCAAGCUGAGGACCAGCAGAAGAGUCAGGAGCAGCUGGCUGCGGAGCUGGCCGAGUACACCGCCAAGAUCGCCCUGCUGGAGGAGGCCAAGAGGGCGAAGGAGGAGGAGGCGGAGACAUGGCACAGCAAGGCCGUGGAGGUGGAGGAGAAUCUAAUGAAGACGAAGGAGGAGCUCCACAACGUAAAGACCACUGCCAACUCGGCCCCCACUGCUCCUUCCCCCACCCCUUCCUCUUCAUCCUCCUCCUCCUCCUCCUCCUCGGACAACGAGAGCGAGCACAGCGAGGAGAACAGCACCUACAGCGCCGAGCUGCAGACGCAGGGCAUGGACAACCAUCACAGCGAGGAGGAGCGGCUCACCGAGGCGGAGAAGAAUCAGCGCCUUCAGCAGCAGCUGAAGGCCCUGAGCUCAGACCUUGCAAGUGCCCGGGACGAAAACAAGAAGACCCUGAACGACGUCCUUCACGCCGAGAACGUCCGAGCCGGCCGAGACAAGUACAAGACCCUCCGCCAGAUCCGCAUGGGCAACACCAAGCAGAGGGUGGAUGAGUUUGAAGCUCUUUAGAAGACCUGCCAGACCUCAUUUACAGCCCUGCUGACUGUGAUUUUAGCUAAAGUAAUCAUUACGCGAGGAGUGUCCAUGUAGACGAGAGGAGGAUGGAAGUUUCUGUGUCUGUAAUGUUAGCAGGAAUUGGGGGUGUGGGCGUGUAUGAAGCAAUUACUGUAAACAAUCAAAUUCUAACUUCACUGAGUCAGUCAUGUCUAAUAAAACUGUCCAGUCACUCAGGAUGAUCUUUAAUGUCUUUAAAGCCUCGUUUACAUCAAUUCUGAUGCUGAUGUGGAAUAAAGAUUUAUUAUGAAGAAGAGCAAAGAUAUUUAACAAGAAUAAAUCUGUUGACUGAAAA